CAUGCGCACGCGGGCCUUUCAGUAUAUUUGAGGUUAUCUUGUGAGUUGGGGUGUUUUUGUAGUUAGUAAAAAGGUUUCUAAAUUUCAUAAUAAACAAAGAAUGCUCGAUAGUUAGUAGCACAGAGUUGCUAUUACCAAUCAUUGAAUAAGCAAGCAGUUUGGACCUAUAUUGUUUGUACUUAAUGAAAAUACGGCCCACUACCAUAAAUUAUAUCUAUUAAAAUAGUAAAAAAUUGUAAAUCGCAAUGCCAAUGAAACCGAAGUUACCCAAACUUAAUAAAUCAAAUGGCAAGAAUGAAUUGAUCUUAUCAAGAGCAAAAAAAGAUGAUACAGGAUCAAGUACCGAAUCUGCUGAUCGAAGCCACAACGAUAAUGUAGAAAUUCAAGAGCAGUUUGAAUUAGAGUUGUGUUGGUGUAUACAGCAGCUACAAAGAUCCUUAAAUUCUGGUAAAUUAAAUCAGAAACAAGUGCAAGAACACACAAAAGUUCUAAACUCGUUAAUGAGUAAUUCUACGCCCUUCAUCAAAAAGCGACAGUUAAUGAGACUAACAUUUGGUGAUUACAGAACUAAGAUGACUGAAGAAAGUAGGAAAUUAUCAAAAGGCAUUAAUAUGAAAAUAUCAUCUUCGUCUCCGUGCAAAAAAUCCAAAUUCGUUAAGAAAUCAUUACUAUUGUCGAAUUCAGACAACGAUUUUAAAUUUAACUUUCCUGUAGAAAAUACGGAAAGCGAUUUAUCCAACGAAAUGUCUAAAGUAAAAAUUAAUUCCAAACCAUUUCACUUUAUAACAUCAAGUAAUGAUUUUCGAUUUAAUUUUAGUGCAGGUGAAAAUUGAUUUACACUGUGUAUUUUUUGUUAAUAUUAACUAUGUGAGAACCAAUAAAUUUGUAAUAAAACAUUUUUGAUUUUGA